GUUAGUCGGAGCCCCGUAACGAAUCCUCGUCCUUGUUGUCUUCUGCCAAGUGAUUCAUUUGCGAUGACUAUGUCUAUGGCCGGAAGAAGGGUACUUGCCUUUGCUAGUUCCACUUCAACCCCUUUUCUCAGUCUCUAUCAAAAUGCAAACUUGCUCGCUUCUCCACGUCUUUUCUCCACACUUUCUGCCCCUUCUUCAGAGGAUGGUUCCUUUGGUCAUAAAUUUCACAAGUGGCAUAACGGAGGUGGCACUUUCCACGAGUCAGCUUGCAUUGACUCCUCAGCACUUGUGGAGGUUGGCGCUGUAGUUCAUUCAGAAUCUGUUGUUGGUCCAAAUGUUCGUAUAAGUUCUGGAACUAUUGUUGGGCCUUCUGUUACAAUUGCACAUUCCACAAAGAUAGGGUAUAACGUUGCACUAAGUAAUUGCUGUAUAGGUGAUUCAUGUGUAAUCCAUAAUGGAGUCUGCAUUGGUCAGGAUGGAUUUGGAUUUUAUGUGGAUGGUGACGGUAAUAUGAUAAAGAAACCUCAGAUAUUGAAUGUAAUAAUAGGGAACAAGGUGGAAAUUGGUGCAAAUACAUGUAUUGACCGAGGCAGUUGGCGAGAUACCGUAAUUGGGGACAAUUCAAAGAUAGAUAAUUUAGUUCAGAUUGGUCAUAAUGUAGUAAUUGGGAAGAAUUGUUUGCUUUGUGGACAAGUUGGGAUUGCAGGUUCAGCAACCAUAGGAGAUUAUGUGACUAUGGGAGGAAGGGUAGCAGUGCGAGAUCAUGUAUCCAUCACAUCAAAGGUUCGGCUUGCUGCAGUCAGUUGUGUAACCAAGGACAUCAAAGAGCCAGGGGACUAUGGUGGCUUUCCAGCUGUUUCAAUUCACCAAUGGCGGAGGCAAGUUGCCAGUAGAUAUCAGACUCCGGUGAGAAGGAAUCCUUAAAGUCAGCAAAAUAUAUUUUUAUAUAUAGUUAGUGGAGUCUGAAUACUUGCUUCACUAAGAACCUUUGAUGCGGUAAUUUCUGGUAGAUUGUCUGUUAGUGGAGAACUAUGCAAGGGAUUAAUUAACACCAAAUACUAAAAUCAAUAUGUAGUGUGCACAGUUUCCAGAGCUAAAUUUUAGUUUCAUUAAAACACACAUUACAUGAAUACUUGUUACAAGAGAUUUACAAAUGUAUAAGUUCUGAAUUCUCUAUCCAGUAUACACAUACUACGUUCUAGAGAAAA